AUGGAGAUAUGGCAGACUAUCAGAGCAGCUUUAGAAGUCAUGAGGUCGGAUGGGAAUCCUGAGGACGAGGAAGGAGGAUUGGCAACUGCGCAACAGAUACUCGAUGCUGCUGGUAUCACUUUACCUACCGGAGAUCUCGCAAAUGGCGCUUAUGAUGGAUUUGGAGCUUUUUACGCCCUACCAGAACACAUCGUUGCCGAUCCGACGAAUAUGGCAUAUGCUUCGUCCUCCCUCGGAAUCGAUGACAGCGACAAAGGCGCAGAAAGCGAGGAACCUGAUGAAGACGAAAUUCUGAAGCGCCGGGAAGAGAAAGGGAAAGGUGUGCUCAACACCGAAGACUUAAUAAGCGUCAAAGCUCGGCUAAGCGAUGGUGGUGGCCCAGAUCUAACGGUAAGCAUUGGGAAGGAUGAUAGUGUAAGGUUACUGGCUCGAAGGCUACUUGAGGAAUCAGGACUCUCAUCACCGAAAACUAUUCGCAUCGCCUAUAUGGGCAAGAUUCUGAAAGAGAACCAAUCUUUGACAGCUCAAGGCUGGGAUCCAGAGCACGUGGUAAACGCACUAGUAUUUGGAUAA